UCACCUUCGAAGGCCUCGAACGGGUAUUAUAUACUUGCGAGUAUUAAUAUAUCGUGCGGUAGUGAUCUGACUGUUCGCUGAGGCAGACAGCGGUCGGAUCGUGGUACGUCCUGACACGUUCUUCAGUCUCACGUCGAUAACGAUGCGGGAGUGUGUGUCCAUUCACAUUGGACAGGCGGGGGUCCAAAUGGGGAACGCCUGCUGGGAACUGUACUGCUUGGAGCACGGGAUCCAGCCGGACGGUCGAAUGCCAAGCGACACCAGCGUCGGUUACGGGGAGGAUUCGUUCAACACCUUCUUUUCUGAGACAGGUUCGGGAAAGCACGUACCCAGGGCGGUGUUCGUCGAUCUCGAGCCAACAGUCGUAGACGAAGUUCGUGCGGGGACGUACAAGCAGCUGUUCCAUCCGGAGCAGUUGAUCACAGGGAAAGAAGACGCGGCGAACAAUUACGCGCGUGGCCAUUACACGAUAGGAAAGGAGAUCGUGGACCUCACAUUGGACCGUAUCCGCAGGCUAACGGAACGAUGCAGAGGUCUGCAGGGUUUCUUGAUUUUCCACUCGUUCGGUGGCGGUACCGGAUCUGGAUUCUCGAGUCUGCUGAUGGAGAGACUGUCCGCUGAGUAUCCAAAGAAAAGCAAACUGACGUUCAGUAUCUAUCCAGCGCCACAGGUAUCGACCGCCGUCGUGGAGCCGUACAACGCGAUUCUUUACACACACCCGACGUUAGAGCACUGCGAGGUGGCCUUCAUAGUCGACAAUCAAGCGAUUUACGAAUUAUGCAGGCGAAACUUGAACAUCGAUAGACCGACGUACACGAAUCUGAAUCGUUUGAUCGGGCAAAUCGUCUCGUCAAUCACGGCGAGCUUGCGUUUCGACGGGGCUCUGAACGUCGAUCUCACCGAGUUCCAGACGAACUUGGUCCCUUACCCGCGUAUACAUUUUCCUCUAGCUACGUAUGCGCCGGUCAUGUCCGCCGAGAAAGCUGGUCACGAGAGGAUCACCGUAGCGGACAUCACGAACUCUUGCUUCGAACCGAAUCAUCAGAUGGUGAAUUGCGAUCCCCGCAGAGGCAAAUAUAUGGCCGUGUGCAUGCUUUACAGGGGCGACGUUGUUCCCAAGGACGUGAACGCGGCGAUCGCCAUGAUCAAACGACAGAAACACGUCCAAUUCGUCGAAUGGUGUCCCACCGGUUUCAAGGUGGGGAUAAAUUAUCAGCCGCCCACCGUGGUGCCGGGUGGAGAUCUGGCCAGGGUUGAGAGAGCGGUGUGCUGUCUCUGCAACACCACGGCGAUAGUGGACGCGUGGGCAAGAAUCGAUCACAAAUUCGACCUGAUGUACGCCAAACGGGCGUUCGUUCAUUGGUUCGUGGGCGAAGGUAUGGAAGAGGGUGAGUUCACAGAAGCCAGAGAAGAUUUAGCAGCUCUGGAAUUGGAUUAUCGCGAAGUACAAGAGGACGCUGCUAACACGGAAGACGAAGAAGAAUUUUAA